AUGGUAGCAAGUCCAGGCACUGCAACGCCGCCUUUCCUCGAAUCGGUCUGGGGAAAUAUUUGCAUAAUCGGGUUCAAUAAUGUUCUCGUCGGUCUCUUGGUAUUUGCAAUUACGGGAGAGUGUUCAGUUCUUCUCCUGGUUCCAAUUGUCACCUCCGCUGCCUGUAGCUUGGCCAUGGGUCUAGAUUACUACCAAGCAGCGUACGACCAUCCAGCGCGCAUUGAUGUCGCCCUUGAAGUCUUCAAGAGUCUCGCUUGGCUGAUUCAAGAAGCCGGACUCCCCUUCUACAGCUAUGCGCUUGUAACCCGUAUCCUCCGGGGCCACAAGCGCGUGGUCUUCUUGGUGCUCUUCUGGGCGAUUAUGGUCGUCGUCACGAUCACCAAGGCCCUCAUGAUCGUGUAUUCGUGCCAGUACCACCUCCACUCCCAGAUCUUCUCGGCAGCCUUCGACAGGCACGUGCACGUGGGCUACUACGUAGCUAUCGCUCUGGUCGAGUGCGUGGGCGCCUGGUUCCUGCUGAGGAAUUUCUACGCAGGACUCCAGUUAUCGAGGUCGUCUCCACUUAGGGACAGCAAGUUUUACCGCCACCUCAUUCGCAGCACCGAGUUCCGCGUUGUCAUGAUGAUUGCUUUUUUUGGCAUAUGUCGCACCGUGACGUACUCAUUCCGCUCGUCAUUCCGCUCGUUCGAGGGGUGGCACAAUAUUGCCGGCCAGCUUGACCUUCUUGUGGGCACGUUACUGGACCUGUUCCCUUUCGUACUGUUUAUCGACAUUCUCGCCUCGCGCCUCGUGUUCGCCCAAGAGAGCAUUACGAGAUGCAAUAACCUCCGCGUCUCGAAUAGUGAUGCCUCUGUUGAUUGA